UGUGAGUUAUCAAUUGCUUCAUUGGUCCCCACUUCAGUGUUAAGGAAAAUGACAACAUUCUGAAAAAUAACCUGCAAACAAACGUCACCAUCGGGCUAGAAAUACGUUUCAAAGAAAAUGUGAAAGGAAUCGGCCGAUAUGUCCCGAAUGUAAUGGUGCUCAAUGAUGAUAAAUGGUCCAAUUGGGACCGAUUGAUCUUGCUUUCAUGUCCUUAGCUUAGUUUUAAACAUGAUUCAACAACGACAGUCUGUCAAGAACUAUGGAACCCAAUCGGACAUACCUACGAACAGCUUUGGCAUUAACAUUCAUCAGCUUUUCACAAGGGCAGAUCAUAAAACAUGCACGGUAUGAAUCCGAGUUGGCUCCCCCCUCCAGAUGGCCCGGCUACUUUUUCGGCUCAAGCUCUCUCAUUGGAGAUCAAGGUGGUCAAAACUUUGUUUGCGGCGUUCGAUGCCAACUGAGCGAUGUUGGCUGUGGAAUGUUUUUGGUCAAGGACAACAUUUGCUAUAUGGGAUCAAGGACCAACAGGCUACCAUCGGUUAUUGUUGGCCCUCAAACCAGCGAUGAAAACGUAUUUGUUAACCCGGAACACAUUGACGAUCUCAUACCUUUAUUCAAUUCCAUCAGCGGAGCACAGAGCUCCAUUGAAUGGUUAUCAACCAUCGAUUCGUACAUUGAUCUUCCACCGGAAAGUGUUCUGAAUCACUGUUUGUACCAUUGCUUGUAUGAAGAACUCGUUUGUGACAUUGCCGUUUUUGAAAAUGGUCGAUGCCAUUUUGGUCAACUUGACGGACCCAAGAACGCAACUGCUAGCCAACUUAUCGAUCCGGCAGGCCCAUGGGAUCUCUUCUUCUCUCCCCCUUACCGCACUUGGUACUUUGGUAACAAUACUUGGCAUUCAGCCUUCAAUUCAGUUGGACCUCGGUUAUCCAAGCACUUAUUUCGAUUGCUCUUCGGUUCAAUUGAGGAAAUGUGCGCCAUCGAUUGCAACUUUCACACUCAAUAUUCAAGUCCUUGUUCUUUUUAUGCGUACAAUAAUGAGACGCAAGAAUGCUAUUUAGGUGCUCUCAAUUAUACUGGAAAUAUGUUUGGAGAAAUUAUCUGGCAGAAUGUUACCGUGAAAGCAAUGACGGGCAAGUUUGAAGGUUAUUACUCGUGAUUGGGGUAGAGUUAAACUAAUAUAAUAUAACACUUUACAUCC